AUGUCAGCAUCAGGUCCGCCGUCAGGGCCUUCUCAGGCACCAAUCGACCCAGCAAGAGCGGCAGAGAGCAACACGGCUCGCAUUGUCAGCAUUGUCACAGUAUUUCAUGUCCUUGCUUUGACGACGAUCGCAUUACGCAUCUACGCACGAGUAUGGGUCAUUCGGAGUCCUGGAGCAGAUGACUGGGUUAUGCUUCUUUGUGCUGUCUGCGCUAUGGGAGGCUGGAGCAUCUUCAUCAUACAGGCACAUUACGGACUUGGAAAACACCAGGAUACGAUUGAAACGCCCGACUUCAAGAUUUUCCAGCAUGCUGGUUUCUGGCAAUCCAUCAUCUCGGCCGCUGGGGCUCUGAUGUGGCUCAAGAUAUCCAUUGCCCUGAACUUGUUGCGACUCAGUCAAAACAAGUGGUAUACUUGGUCUCUGUGGGCCACGAUCGCAUUCAACAUCUUCACUGAUGUGGUAUUGGCGACUCUUCCCAUCCCCAUUAUCUGGAACCUUCAGAUGAAGCGACGAGUCCGUCUCUCCGUCAUUGCCAUUCUCAGUUUAGGUUACUUUGCGGUCGCAAUGGGAGUCGUGAAGGCCAUUUAUCAAAUCGCCUACGGGUCUAAUCCUGACAAGACGUUCGAGCAAAGUGUUCAAUUCUGGGGAUUCCUUCAGCUCCAAUUGGGCAUUAUCGCGGCUUGUGCACCAGCCCUCAAACCGCUCGUAAGCCGUUUCCUCAAGCUCUCCACGGCUGGAGACCACCGAUAUCCCUCAGGCCGCUCCCAGGCCCCGGGGAGCAUCGGUCUGCAGACGAUAGGCGGUUCAGGGCCCGCGCGACGCCACACAAGAAAACCCAGCUUCGAAUCAGACGAGAGGGUCAGUGGGGGCAGUGACGGCGGCAGUCUGGGCGGCGCGGGCUCCAAGGGGCAGAACGAGAUCUCUGUACAGGGAGCAUUCUACAAGCAUGGCGAAGGGGGCAGCGAAGAGAGGAUCCUGGAGGAUCAAUUGGGGUGUAUGGGGCCGCAGCGGGUAAAAGGGAUUAUGCGGACCACUGAGGUGAUCGUCCAGUAA